AUGAAUUCUGACGAAAGAAAUAAAGUUGUUCCGAGUGAUAUAAGGGGGGCGAGAUUAGAUCUUGAAGCAGCCCAAAGAGAAAAACUCUUGAAUGCAAAAGUUGCUGCGAAGUCUUUGGGACAGAAGAGCGAUGAACUUCAGGGUUCUUGGACGUUGACAUUGCUUCUUGCCCUUCUAGCUGCUACCGCUUCCUCUUUUCAAUUUGGUUACCAUAUUGGAUGCAUUAAUGUUCCAGCAAAGGUAAUAAUUCAGUGGUAUGUCGAUUCGUACCAAUACUUAUAUCAAAAAAGCAUUUUUGCGAUUGGUGGUAUGGUUGGCGGUCUAGCAUCAGGUUGGUUUGCUGAUCGAAUGGGGCGUAAAGGUGCUAUGCUAUUCAAUAAUAUUAUCGCCGUGAUUGCAGCAGUAUUCAUGACUGGUGCAAAAUAUGUUAACACUUAUCAUUUUAUGAUUAUUGGUCGCUUUGUUAUUGGUAUCCAUUCAGGUCUUUGCACUGGUCUCGUUCCUCUGUACCUUACGGAAAUUUCACCAAUUAAUCUUCGUGGUACUCUUGGUAGUGCUCAUCAACUAUUCAUCACCAUUGCCAUUCUUUUCUCGCAAAUUGUUGGUUUACCGUCGGUAUUGGGUGGUGCUACUCGUUGGCACAUGGUUUUCGCCUUCACAAUAGUUCCGGUCUUGGUGCAAGUCGUUCUCUUUUUUUUAUGUCCAGAAUCCCCAAAAUACAAUUUGAUUAUUAAGAAUCGAGCUGAGCAAGCGGAAAAGGAUCUGCAGAAACUGCGUGGCAGAGAAGAUGUUUCGAUGGAAAUGGAAGCAAUGAAAGAAGAAGCGGCAGUGGUCGCAUCGAUGGAGAAGAUUGGAAUGAAAGAUCUUUUUAAAGGCGAUUAUGCUUGGCCGAUUUUUAUUGCAAUUAUGAUGAUGUGUGGUCAACAAUUUUCUGGUAUUAACGUAGCGAUCUUUUUUUCCACUCAGAUUUUCUCAGAUGCUGGUCUAGGCGAAGGAGCUUUAUACGCAACGCUUGGCAUGGGUGUUCUCAAUGUGGCUAUGACACUUGUUUCUGUUUAUUUGGUCGAUCAUCCGAAAUGUGGUCGUCGAUUAUUACUCUUAAUUGGUUUUACCGGGAUGCUUAUCACAUCUGUGCUUCUGGUUAUUUCCAUUUCUCUUUACAAUUCUGAUCCUGUUCGCUAUAGUUUUAUUGCCUAUGGUUCCAUGCUUUUCGUCUUCCUAUUUGUUGUGUCGUUUGCGACAGGACCUGGAUCAAUUCCGUGGUUCUUCGUGACGGAAUUGUUCGCAUCCGCCGCUCGUUCAAAUGCAAGUUCAAUAGCUGUCAUGGUCAACUGGACAGCUAACUUUAUCGUUGGGACCAGCUUCGAAUCUCUAAACCAACAUCUUGAACAAUACGCCUUUCUCGUCUUCUCGACUCUUUUGGCUUUUUUUAUUUUCUUCACCUGGAUGUACGUUCCCGAAACGAAAGGUCGCACUGUUGAAGAAAUCAACGCUGAAUUUCGCCUCGGCAAAUCCCGUUUUGCUCGCCGAAAUUAUUAA